GAAAGUUCACAGAGAUUUUGCCAUCACUUCCACACACAACAACAAAACUCACACACGAACAUAUUUCAAAAAUGGAAAACUAUACUUUAGGAGAAUUGCUGUGGGAUGGUGCCCUCGAAAUCGAACCAUUUGAAUAUGAAAAGGGCCACCAAGAGGAUUGCAGUUUCCUCGAUGUUUAUGUGAGCUUCCUAUGGACAUUCGUCGCCAUUUACGCUCUGUCCAAGCUGACCCAAUUCUCGGAGCGGUAUUUGAGCCAACGUCUGCUGGCCCACAAACACUGCGGCGAUGUCCGCUCCAUCAACAGCGAGUGGGAGCAGACGCUCCAGCUCCAGGAGGAGUUCCGAUGCCAACUGCAUGACGAGGUGCUGCAGCUCACCGAGAAGAACCUCUGCCUGGAGAGCAUGAUCGAGGAACUGCGCGACUGCAACCAUCAACUGAUUGGCCAGAAUCGUAUGCGAUCCGUGGCAAAGGAACAGAAGCAAUCGUCGGUCCAGUCAAAUAUUUAUAUCAGGAACAGCUAUAUCCACCUAACACGUCAGGUGUUUGUGAACGAUAGACAAACUGACCGCAAUGUACGGAAUGUCGGCGGCGAGGAUCUCAAUGGAAGCCCAAUGGAAGCAUCCGAGGAGGGCCUGAAUGUCUGGAUGCAGUACCUGAAGAUGCGCAAGUGCUACAUAGGGUUCAUUGCCGAUCCCAACUUGAUGGCUCCCAGCGGUUCUGGUCACAUGCAGCCCGUUGUAAUGACCACCGAGCAGUUGGCCAACUUGCAAGGAAUUGUCUAGUGGCUUGAAUUCAGUUACUUAAAGCACACGCACAUCAACGGUUAAGUCGCUCAAAUCGGAAAAGGAAAUAUCCAUAAAAAGUAAUUAAACUACAUAUAUAAUGCUCGAACAAUUUUUCAAGAUCCACAACCGACUGCCCCUCAUUUUAGUCAUCAGAAACUUGAGAAUACUUACAUAGCUGUUUUUUCCUUAUGGCCGACGGUAUUAAAUGUUUGAUCUUUAUGCGAUA